GAAAUGCGCCUUUUAGAUUUUAUUAAUAACAUUAUUAUAAUUGUUGUACAUAUUUAUUUAUAUAUGUAUGCAGUCAUUUUGUUGUCGCUGAGAACAACACUAAUCUCCCCAGACGGACACGCGCACUGGCUUUAUCUGUGCGCGGGCACGCCGCGGGAGCGCGCAGAGCUCAUCAUGUCCUCCAGGUGGAUUUCCCUGUAGUCUGUCUCUCCCCUCAAACAGAGGCGAUCAAACCAUCUUACUCUUCAUCACCACCACCACCACCAUCAUCCUCCUCCUCUCUUCUGCCGUGCGCGCGCCCGUGUGUGUGUGCAUGAUGCGCGUGCUGGCGUUCUGGACGGCGGCGUGUGUCCUCUGUGCCCGAGGGACAUGUGUCCCUCUGCUGGAUGAGAAGAGCGCUGACUGUGAUUCUGAUGAGGUUAGACCAGCGGCCGGCUGUGACCGACGCGAGACCGAGGAAGAGGGAGAACAUGAACACACCCACGACUCGUGGGAGGAGGACGAGGAGGAGGGAGCGAUGAAGGAGCAGAAUGAGCGAGACCUGGACGAGCUUCUGCAGGAGGAGAUCCAGAGGAGACCAGACCAGGAGCUGGAGAGGAAACACAGGAGAAACCAGGAGGAGGAGGAGAACGACACCAAGAGCUGGAACAAGGAGAAGGAGGAGGAGGAGCUGCAGGAGCUGAUGAGGAAGAUGGAGAACGCCAGCGAUGAGGCCACACGACAGUUCGAGAGAGAGAGAAACGAGGAAGAGGAGGAGAGACGGCAUGAUGAAGAGGAAGAGGAGGAGGAUGAAGAUGAGGAGCUGCUGGAGAUCGAAGCUGAACUGAGGAAAGUGGCAGCACAGCUACACGAAACACACAUUUAAUACACACACACACACACAAUCAUAUAUAUAUUAUAUAUAAUUCUCAUUAAACUAAAUCAAACACACAAACACUCAUGAACACACCGCCGGUACAGCCAUAGAGACACAUGUUUAAUGCUCAGCCAUGCAAGCCACGCCCCUAAUCACCAUACAGAGAAUAUUCAUAACCCCGCCUUCUCAUUUGAAUAUUUCAGCAAUCAGAUCUGUAUUGUAAUGCAAUACUUUGAGUGGUACGACUAAUAUAAUAAUAAGACAAAUGUGACAUCUGAUGAAGUAAUAAUGUGACUCGUGCUCUUGACUGUUCCUGUGUUUCUGAAUCAUUCUGCUGUGUGAACAUGACUGAACACUGUUAGCACACACUCCGACUGUUCUGGGGUCAGAGCGCAGCCGCUUCCUGCUGACCACGCCACAUGCAGGAUAUCACAGCCAUCGGGGGGGUGUGUGUGUAAGAGAGAAAGUGUGUGAGUGUGUGUGAGAGAGUGUGUGUGUGUGUGUGUGUGUGUGUUAUAUAUCUUGUGUGUGUG